UCCUGUGUACAGUAGCACUGCUGGUCUGCAGCUUACGGUCACCUGGUGGGUUAGGAAAGCCGUUUGAAAACCAGACCUUGUACAGAGCAACUCAUUUCCACCUCCUGUUACCCAGAUAUUCCUUCUGUUCUUUGGCACAUGGAAAUCCUGGUUGGAUGUUCCUGGGUGUGAGCUGGUGCGUUGUCACAGUCAUCUUCAGAAAAAUCACACAGAAAUGAAGACAUCUUCCCCAUUCUGUGGCUCACUGUCCAUUUAAAUACUUACUGGCAGAGCACACUAUUUGAAAACUGAGAACAAGUUAUUUGAAAGAUCUGGUUAAUUACAAAAACUUAACCUUUAAUUUCAAGCUAAAAUUUUGAAAACUUAAAGCCUUUCUCUCUUCAGAAUCUUUCAGGCUUUGGGUUUUGUUGGCCAAUGACUAUGGAAGGCUUGGGGGAAAAGCAGGUGAAAUGUGUCAAACCUGGAUUGCUUAGUCAAAGUGUUAAGAAGAAAACUUAAUUUCUUGCUCAGAUUGCUUUUACUCCAGUCCUGCAAGAAAGUAAGAGUCAGUGCAGCCUUGUGAAGGUACAUAUCAAUCACUUGGUUGUUGAAGGUAGAUGUGUCCACUCCUUCAAAACCUACUGCACCUUUGUAGCAGACUGCAGUGAAGCUGUCUUAACAAAUUUGAAGUUUCUUUCUGCUCAUACUUGCUGAAAUGCAGAUUCCUGACUAGCCAGAUUUGCACUGGGUUGGUUGGAGCAUGUGUUCAGAUAUCCUUGUCAAAGAAGCUGAAAGUGUAUUUUUUAUUCUGUUGCACGUGUGACUUCAGACUUCCUCAUGUCCUGUAAGGGGUCUCAAACUCUACUUUUGGAGUUGCACGCAACCCAUGGAAGCAGGUUGCUGACACAACUAAAUACAGCAAAAUCUGCUCUGAAGCUUAAAAUACUCUGGCCUUUGACAGUAGUUACACAAAUAUGGGUGAGAGUGUUAUCUACAGGAUGUGUUUUGCUGGUUUGCUUCCCAUGAAAAGUGCAGAACCAUGGUGAAGCCUGAUGGCCUGCUGUGCUUCCAGUAAGUUCCUCUAAAAAGCAGAGAAGUUUCUAAGCUAAUGUUUCUGGUUCUUCAACAAGGAUGUUAGUGUUCCAUAUGUCAGUGAUGAUCAAGCUUUUCUUCCAGCUGGAUGCAUCUGUUUGUCCUGAGAAAUGUGACUGCCCUUCAAAACAUGGAAUUUAUUGCUCUGGUCCCCACAUAAAAGACCUGGAGUCAUUAAACCUGCCUUGCAACAUGACAGAAAUUCACAUAACAGACACUAAUGUAACAUACUUGCCGGAUGUUUUUUCCAGGAUGGUAGAACUGCAGCAUCUCAUCUUGUCUUCAAACAACAUCUCCCUGAUUUCACCAAUGGCUUUUAAAGGCCUGAGAAGGCUAAAAGCCCUCAAGCUGCUUGAUAAUAAGCUGGUUGAACUUCCCCCAGAAGUGUUUGAUGACAUGAUACAGCUUCAGCAAUUGAUCAUUGAAAAUAACAGGUUAAAAUCCAUAGAAGAAAAUCUGUUUGACAAACUAGAUGGUUUGGAGGAGCUUCUCUUGAACAAGAACCAACUAAUAGCACUUCCUAGUGGAGUGCUGAAGAAACUCGCCAAACUCAAAGUACUGAACUUGUCAAGAAAUUGUUUGGCAGUGCUGCCUAAAAACAUAUUUAGUGCAUUAACCAGGCUUGAGAAGCUGAUGCUGUAUUUUAACAGGCUGUCUUCAAUAGAGUCUGGUAUGUUUGAUAGCCUGAAGGAGCUGCUGGAACUCUUCCUGCAUUCUAAUAACAUCCAGUCCAUCACCCCUGAUGCGUUUCAUUGUCUUCAUAAACUGAGAACCCUAACGCUCUCCAGAAACAAGCUUGAGGCUUUGCCUCCUGGGCUUUUUCUGCACUUGCAUGACCUGUCAAAAUUGACCUUGUACAGUAACCCACUGAAGUCUCUUCCAGAAGUAUUGUUUGGAGAAAUGAGGCAUCUUGGUAGCCUGUGGCUGUAUCACACCAAGCUCUCAACAAUACCAGAUUUUGUGUUCAGUAACUUGACAAAUUUAGAGCUUCUUGUGCUGAGUUUUAAUCCAGAGCUUCGUGCUCUUCCUCAGAAUGUAUUCAGUGGCCUGAGUGAGCUGCGGGGCCUUUCUCUGCAUACAAAUAAUAUUUCCAGUCUGCCAGAGGGCAUCUUCCUGAGCCUCCAGAAACUGCAGAAUGUUUCCCUUUUUGGUUCAAGGCUUGAGGUUCUUCCUAGAAACCUCUUCCAUAAUCUCAAGCACCUUCAGAAAGUUUACCUGAAUAGCACCAAGCUGCAGUCUCUUCCUGGAGAUAUGUUUGCUGCGUUACCUGAGCUGCAGGAAGUCUCCCUUGAUGACAACCCUUGGAAAUGUGAUUGCCAAAUUCUUGGCUUCAAAGAGUGGCUCCAAAGGAGCAUGGAGAUAGUUAAAAAUGUGCCAUCUCUGACAUGUGACAGCCCACUGGCAUUGCAGAAUAUUUCUCUCGUGGCUCUUACAGAUGAUCAUCUGAAGUGUCUGCCAACCACAGCCAGUACCUACCAGAUGUUCAGAUCAACUUAUUCUCAGGCUUCAGCCUCUCUUGUGACAGAGCUGUUGACAUCCUCUUGGGACACUACUAUAGCAACAGUGUCUGACAUGGAUAUGAGCACACCCACAUCAGUUCCUCUUUCAACUCCAGCUUUUACCUACUCGCAUGUUCAAGAUGUUGGAAAGCAGAGGCUUCGUUUUUCAGAUAUCCCAACCCAAGCUUCUCCCAGUGUUACAGGAGAAAACAACAGUGUCAGAGGAACAGAUUUGAAUACUCUGGUCUGGUGGGAUGAGCUGCCAGCCCGCAGGAGUGCUAAGCUCAAUUUUAAUACCAGAAUAGCUUAUUGUCAGCUAUUCUUGUGCCUUCACAGUUUGAUUUUAGCACUCCAGGCUAUAACCAUUGUGCUCAGUCUGUAUGUGAUGGGUAAAACCAGGCAGCUCUUGCACUCCAAAGAUACUGCUGCUCAGCCUGUAGUUCUGAUAAAAUUUUUAAGAAGGUAGAGAAUACCAGCCAAAGAGAGGAUUAGAGGCACUGUUUUGGAUUCAUUUUGUGAGCAUUUGGGCAGUUCACACUUGAUUCGGAUCUGGAUG